AUGUCUAUCAAUUCCUACAUUAAUAAAAAAGUCCUAAUUUUGACGGUCGACGGUCGAACUCUCCUCGGAACUCUUCUCUCCACCGAUCAACUCACAAAUCUCGUACUCUUGGAUACGAUCGAGCGAAUUAUCCGGACGCCUGAUGACCCCGAGCCAAGUUCUCAGAUCGAACACGGACUCUAUCUAAUCCGUGGAGAUAAUGUCGUGCUGUGUGGGGAGGUAGACGAGGCGAUUGAUCGAGAUAUCGACUGGGCCAAGGUAAAAGGCGAGGUAGUGCGGGGAACCAAGAAUGCAUGA